CAAGAAACCACAAACCUGACAAUCCUUAUUUGGUCGACACACGCGUCUUUAUAUCGCUAGACAGUACGUUUGACAGAUAUAGCUGGCUGGGACAAGAAGACUGAAUUAUCAGAGGUGAAUCGUCGCCGACCACACCAUUCUAAUCUCGCCAGCAUUUAUUUAUCCGUGACGCGCGCCUGUUCAAAGGGAUUUUUCUUUAAACAAAGAGAGUUAUAUUACUUUUGAGACCACCGCUGCUAUGUGCAUCUAAAUUCCGCAUUCACCUAACUCUACCUCGACGGGAUUACUGUUUUUACACUGACCUGUUGGAAUAUACAGUGUUGAAAAUGGAAAGGGUAAUUUUUACCACAUUGUGUUCUGCAUUCUUUUUUACAAACUGUGUUUCAGUUGCUCUUUUUGCUCUUUUUCUAGGGGACUAUCCCAAGGCACAGAACGUUUCUUGGUUGUCUAUCAACUUCAAAACACUGCUUAUGUGGGAUCCUAAACCUUCAAACUAUUCAUACACCGUUGAAUAUUCUGUAAUCGGUCAGAACAGAAAGAAGAACCAACACUGUAUUAGGACUAUGGAGACAGAGUGUGACCUGUCCAACUCUCUGGUGGACCUGAAGGCCAUAUACUCCGCUGAUGUCCUCUCAGAACCUUUACGUGGUGUGAACUCUGACCGCAUAGAGUUCCCCCACACAAGCUCGGAGAGGUUCACCCCCUACGAAGAUACUCUUAUAGGCAGACCUGAGUUCAAGAUCGAGGUGAGCAAAGACAAGAGGAAGAUCAUCCUGUAUGUAGAAGACCCUCUCACAGCCCUGUUCAACGAGCAGAACCAACAGAGAACCAUCCGGGAUGUCUUCGCUGAUGAACUGCAGUACAAAGUCACCUUUGGGAAAGCAACAAGCACGGGCAAGAAAACAAAGAUCUCUGCAAGCAGUGAGAUAGAGUUAGACACGAGGGAUGUAGAUCCUGGGGUGAGUUACUGCUUCAACGUGCAGGCCUACAUCCCCUCCCGCAGGACAGACAAACAGCUGGGAGAGCUCAGUCAAAGACAGUGCUCACCGGGCGACGAUAAGUCCGUCUUUGAAGAGUAUGGGAUCGGUGUGAUCGCUACGUUCAUCCUACUUAUCAUUAUAAUCAUAGUAGUGGCUAUCGGAGUCACAGUGGUGUGCUACAGACGCAGAAGGAAUGCCAACAGAAGUGGAAAAGAGGGAGUGCCACUAAGAAGUGUGUAAAAAGGGAGUGCAUCAUUGACACGCUUGGGAAUACAAGGUACAACUUAACUGGAUUUACACUUUGAAAGGGAGUCUGCAGGGGCAGCCCCAGUUCAACAUUCCACUGUCAAACACUGGAGUUCACCAUUUUGUUUCUGUGAAACUGCCCAGUGAAUAUGGUACACGUACUGUAGUGUAUAUUUUGUUUCCAUACAAUGCUGCAAAUAUCCUCCUUUUUGAUUUUGUGACUGGUACUUCUACUUCUGUGAAUAUUAGCUUUUAGAAACACUACCAACUCUUAUUUUAUUGUGUUUUAUAUAGUUUUUAACUUGAUGUAAUCUUUGGUAAAAUAUAACUUUAUUUUGGGAGACUGCUGAAUACUAAAUCAUAUGGGAAAUUAAGAUUAGUAGGAUCAUAUAUCAUUUUUUAUUACGAUGCUUAAUUUAUUAUGUGUAGCCAUUCUGAAAGUAAUCUUUGUAUUUUAGGUUAUCAGUAGAUACAGUAGCCUAUAUGUUGAAACUAAAUUAUUUUGCGUAAGUUUUGCCUUAUAAAUAUUUAAUAUAUUUACACUGAGUGUACAAAACAUUAGGAACAGCUGCUCUUUCCAUAAUAUAGACUUUCCAGGUGAAAGCUAUGAACCCUUAUUCAUGUCACCUGUUAAAUCCACUUCAAUCAGUGAAGAUGAAGGGGAGGAGACAAGUUAAAUAAUAGUUUUUAAACCUUGAGACAGUUGAGAUAUGGAUUGUGUAUGUGUGCUAUUCAGAAGGUGAAUGGGCAAGACAAAAGGUUUACUGUAAGUGCCUUUAAACGGGGUAUGUUAGUAGUUGCCCUGUGCACCGGUUUGAGUGCGUCAAUAACUGCAAUGCUGCUGGGUUUCUCACGCUCAACAGUUUCUCGUGUGUAUCAAGAAUGGUCCACCACUCAAAGGACAUCCAGCCAACUUGACAUAACUGUGGGAAGUAGUGGAGUCAACAUGGGCCGGCAUCCCUAAGGAACGCUCAACACCUUGUAGAGUCCAUACCCCAAAGAAUUGAGGCUGUUCUGAGGGCAAAAGUGUUGCAACUCAAUAUUAGGAAGGUGUUUUUAAUAUUUUGUACACUCAGUGUAUGAUAAAACAUGAUGUAAAAUAAUCAAAGCAAAAUUAAACACUUAUAUAACUGUGGAAUCUGGUACUAAUAUGGUACUCUUGUUUGAUUUUAUUGGCAUUUUCAUAAUAAAGUCUUAUCAUUAA